AUGGGGCAGGAGGGCACCAACCUGUCUCUGGAGAACUUUGGAUUUCGGCUUCAGCUCAUGUGCUGGUCCUGCUCCAUCUGGCCAUUCCCUACCCAACAGGGGAGCGAGACCCCGGGCCCUGAGGGCUCUGGGACGCUGCUCGGCCCCCACCGGGAGCUGAGACCGCCCGACUCGCGCGGCCAAAGGCGGCGGAGGCGCCGCUGCACCAGUCCCGGGCCGCAGCCCGUCACAGCCACGAGAAAGGCCUCGGAAACACCUCGUGGGAGCGGGCCUCCGCUGCUGCUGCUGUUGGCCGCCUGCACGCCGCCGCCCUGCGCCGCGGCCUCUCCGACGCCACCCGGCUGGGAGCCAGCCCCUGACGCGCCCUGGUGCCCCUACAAGGUUCUCCCUGAGGGCACCGAGGCGGGCGGCGGGCGUCUGUGCUUCCGUACCCCUGCGCGCGGCUUCCGCUGCCAAGCGCCAGGCUGCGUAGCGCACGCCUCGGCUGGCCACUCUCUGCGCGCCGGCGUCCUGCGCAACCACAGCGUGUUGCUGCAGUGGCGCUUGGCGCCGGCGGAGGCGCGCCGUGUGCGCGCUUUCGCGCUUAACUGCUCGUGGCGCGGCACCUACACACGCUUCCCAUGCGAGCGCGUGUUGCUCGGGGCUUCCUGCCGCGACUAUCUGCUGCCCGACGUGCACGACGGCGUGCGCUACCGCCUGUGCCUGCAGCUGCUGCCGCUGCGCGCCGAGCCCACCGCCGCGUCGGAGCCCGCAGAGUGCGUGGAGUUCGUCGCUGAGCCGCCCGGCAUGCGGGAGAUUGUGGUGGCCAUGACGGCGGUGGGUGGCUCCAUCUGCGUCAUGCUUGUGGUCAUCUGCCUGCUGGUGGCCUACAUUACCGAGAACCUCAUGCGCCCAGCCUUCGGGCGCCCCGGCUUGCGCAGGCAUCCCUGAGGCACCCACCUGGGCUCAGCCCGCCCAACGGCGCCUAAAACCCUAGGCUCUCCU